AUGCUGCUAAGGUUACUAGUGGUGUUUGUGUUGCCAUUCGCAGAAUCCGCCAAGUCGUGUGGAAGAGAGGCCAUCCCUUACAUCCUCUCCGUUGACCUCGCCGGGAAACCAGGUGGGUUUUCUAGUGUCUGCUCACUUUUACUUUUUUAAUUUUCAACUUGAUUGUUGUGGUUCUAGAGUUAGCAUGUGAUACUCCGGCUUGUUUUGGACCCUUGAAAAGUCCACUCAUAGAUGAUUUUAAUGAAGAUCAAGGACAAUUGUCGGUCCUUCAUAGAACGGCGGUAUGUUUUGGCAUUUGGCGAUCUUGACGUUUUAAAACCGUUUAAUCAUCCCUUUAUUUGAAGUCAUGCUCUGGAAAAUACACGAAUAUCCCAUGCACUGGCAACGAUGAAUGGACUGGAGGAGUUGCCGAGUACAAUAAUGGAACUCAUAUUUCCCUUACAAUGGAAUGUUGUCGUUUCGAAGGGCUGAAUUACGCAACCGAACACAAGAUUGCAUUGGUUCGGCCCGGAGAGCGUUAUGUGGGUGGAGCGGUGAAGGAGAACGGUAGACUAAUCGCCUUCGAUCUGGUCAAGGAAGUUAGGAAGAAUGUCGCCGCUAAUAACGAGUAAGAUUUCUCACCUUUUUUCAAUAUUUUUAUUUUUAAAUUAUUUACCCCGUUUGUUGCAGAGUUCAUUACGUCGCUCAUGUCUAUCGAAUGAGUUGUGUUCCCGCUCCCAGUCAUCCUCUGAAUAAAGUGGAUCCAACUAUGACAACUGGAGAAUAUCUGAGUCGUCGAUUGUCAGCCAAGUCUCGGAAUCCAAACAAACGAAAGCAACAUUCAUCCAGACUGAAUAGAUAUCGAGGACAAUAUGAUUACGAAUAUUACUCUUAUGAAAGACCCAUGUAUCGAAGAGGACCCGGUCGAAACACCUACAGAAGAGGAGGAAGAAGAAGAUACAAGCCUUAUAUGGACGAUUACGAGUACUAUGAGCAGGAUAUGAGACCAGCAAGACGUCAGAGUUAUCAUCAAGAUGUGCUCUGGCCGAUUAAUGAUGACAAGAAAUCAAGUCCUCCUUCUAAUUUUAAGGCCCAUGCGUCCAAAAAUAUUGAGACAAAUCAAGGCCCAGACUAUCCAAUGAACGACGCCCAAAGGGCCGAAGAACUUCCAUUUUCGUAUUCAAAUUCGGUCCCAACAGCCGAGAAUACAGUGACAAUCCCUCCCCAACAUGACUCCUCUUAUGCACAACCCUCCCUAGUAGCUCCUGCUGCUUCCCAAGACACUUAUAGCAUCGCUUUGCAACCUUCGGUAUUGCCGGUAGGAGCGACAUAACAAAUUACAAUAUAAAAUACCCUUUUCAGAGUUAUGUCGUUCCAACUCAACCCGAGAAUUCCUAUGCUCUGCAGCCUUCGUCCUAUCAACAACCCAGCUAUGUUUCCGAGACAGCCCAACAACCACAGCCAGAUGUAUCUUGCACAUCCACUUGUUGCACUCCAAGUUGUUCCAUGAAUAGUAUGUUCUCUUCUUUGCAAUGUUUCAGUGGGGAUAUGUUGGUGGAAACACCCUCAGGACACAAAAGAAUGGAUGAACUGGAAGUGGGAGAUCUGGUGAUGUCAAUGGACGGAGCGUUGGUAUGUCAUCAUCGUUACUGAUUCAAUUACAAAAUAAUUUUUAGAUUACCUACUCUAAAGUGGUCAUGUUCCUUCAUCGGAAAGAGAAAGAAGACGCGUUAUACAGGCAUAUCAGAACCAGCAAUGGAAGGGAUCUCAAGAUAACGCCCUAUCAUUUGAUGUACACUACCAAGUGUAAAGCUGGAGAUAGAUUGCGUUUAGUUAAAGCGGCGGAUAUUGUCAUUGGCGAUUGCAUCCAUUACAAGGGCUCCCAAGGACUGAGAUCAUCAAAGGUUGUGUCCAUCAAAGAUGUAAGUCGUGUUUCAUUAAAGCUCGAUCAUGUUUCCCUUGUUAAUGAACAUCCUAGGUAAAUGGAAAUGGAAUUUAUGCCCCAUUAACGGCAAAUGGAGACAUGUUUGUGAACAAUAUAUUGGUAAGCUGUCAUAGUAAUAUGGCUGCUCAAACUCUUCAACAAACAUUCUUUGCGUGGUGGAGGCAAUGGACGGGAUACAUCAAGAAGAUCACUUCUUUCGUAUAUCCAUAUCAGAAACUUAUCUCCGAUGAUGGAGAGCUCCCAUUUGGCGUGGAUUACCUAACCACCGUCAUGGAUCUUUUUGUGCCUCAGAAUUUAAUUUCCUAUUAA